AUGUGGUCUCAGAACAAGGAUAAGAAAACUCUGAAGAAGCUCUUCCAGAUUGAAGAGGGUCCCAAUCUCACAGAUAGCCCUAUGAGCUUCAGGCCGGACUAUCAAGCUUGCCCCCUUGAUAAUCAAAGGUCCCCUCUUUCUCAGAGCGAUGCUGCGGCAUUACCCGAGUCUGGCGGGGACCACAUUGCUCCAUGGAAUACGAAUGCCAGGGACAAGCCACAUGUAAAUACACCAAACGUCUUGAAUGCAAAAGGUAAUACUGAGGUUGCAUUGGAAGGCUUCAAGGAGCUUCUAAAACAGAAGAAUCUUGCUUACACAAAUCUCCUUCAACACCUGGGGCAAGCCAACGCAGUAGGAGCUGCCUUAGAGAAUCACACUGUUACUCCUCCCAACUAUACAUUGGCAAUGGCAUGUUAUUCAGAAUGUACCCAAAGGCAAGCCUACAUCACCGCGCCGCACAACAACUAG